AUGGCUCCUAAAAAGCAGAGGAAGAAGGCCAUCCCGAAGACAUAUGAAUUUAACAGCCGUGCACCCAGCAGUAGCAUCGAUCAGGGUAACCAAAAUCAGACGUCGAGCCGCAAAACUUUGUUCAACCCUUACCGGGAACGGGCAAUCCAAGAUGAACAAUCGGUGCUUCUAAAUCGACCUUUUUUGGACCAGCAAUUGCCCCCGGGAACAUCGCGUGCAAAAGAAAUGGAAAAGAGAGGCACUAUCCAUACGGAACGGCAAAGGGAUAACGCGCAUACUUCCCAGUUUCCGGGACUGUUUGAGGAGGAAGAUGUGAAUACAGAGCGUGGAGAUUGGCAAAUGCUUGAUGCAAACGAAAGUACUAGCAUUGCGGCACGUCGCCAUGCGAGCGGACUACCUCUCGGGAUUCAAACCCAGGCUCAUUGUCUUCCGGUGAUUCGACCUGGGUUGCAACUGCCCGAGCCUCCACUGACAGCAGUGUUGCCAAAACAAAGAGCUGUCAGUAUGCCUUCGGUGAAUAAACAAGAAUUAUCGAGUAUGCUUGCAACAACGGAGCAGUACCUGUCUGGUUUAAGAUUAAACCAGAAUAAGCAUGCCGGCGGCCUUGGUCAGGUGCCCUUGCCGCGUGCAAGUCGCAUUGCAAUCGAAGGUCAGAUUAGUCAACGAGUUCACCCUGCUGAUAGUAUUGUGACUUUACCGAGCAUCGGCAACCCAGGAUAUGGAUUUCAAGGCGACUCGACAAAGUUACCCCCCGUGAUAAAGCAACUCUUGGCUGAUGCAGACGCGAGAAGAGCAUAUCAUAGAAGAAAGGUUCAAGCUGCGCAGGGCCGUCACGACCAAUACUUAGCAGGCACAGGACCUAGGACCACAGCCUCAGUGAUGAAUCGCAGAGCACCACCUCGAAAUGGUCCGGAAAGAGAAAACACAAUGUCUGUGACCCCGGAAAUGUACAAUCCGUAUUCAAGAGUUCGUAAAACGACGCCAAGAACCUUGCGGUCAAGUCGACUGUUGUUCCGCGGACCCAGCAAUGGAUAUCUUAGCUUUGGUGACUUGGCACAGACUGACAUGCCAUCCCCGUCUUUGGAGCAUUUCUCAGUCACGAAAUUAUCCCGAACUGCUGUUCGAUAUGACCAUGCAAGAGCUUAUGAGCAACGCGAACCAAAUUUUAGCGUAUUUCAAGAGCUUCUCAAACGGCCUGAGCUUAUCAUUACAUUAGCAUGUCAUCUUCGCGUCCAGGAACUUCUAAUCUUGUACAGAAUCAGCAAAUCAUUCCACAAUAUCAUCAACCAGCGCUAUACAACCGUGAUUCUUUCACAGGCACUAAGACAUGCACCGGAAUCUGCAAAAAUCUUUCCAUACCGUUGCUAUUCGAGACUUUGCAUUGACGACCCCGCGGAGCGUCCUCAUCCAGUAGCACAACGUGCGGCAGCCGGGCAGCAUCGCAAAGUCCCAUCCUUCCGUUGGCUCCUUAUGAUCUGUUUCCGGGAAAUGAUCUGUCACGAAAUUAGGAUGAUCAUGGACGAGGACGGAACUCCUUUGCCGGAACAAUGCGAAACAGUGAUGAAGAAAAUCUGGUUUGUGAUGGAUAUCCCGGAUACCAUCCGCCGAAUUGGGACGAUCCAGAAUCGAGAAGUCUUUACCGAUGCCGAUAUAUUCUUUGCAACAAUGCUUUUCGUGAAGAUUGACAUGCGAUUCACUGACCCCAUCACUGGGAGUGGCCGGGAUGGAAUGCGCCGAAUGUUGCUAUCGCAACCAAGUCUAUCGAUACUGUGGAAAGCUUUGAGCCGGACGGCAUUGGUGAGCAAGAUGGACGCAGUCAAGAUGUUUGUCCGUUGGAAAUGGCGGCCUCCUGCGCGUCUAGUUGGCCAACCUGUUUUUGGUAUCCCAGCAAACGAAAUCGGUAUCAUGCAGUUCGAAGGAUGGGGCCGGACGGGUAGUCGAGUCCGCUUGCAACGUCCAGAUGAAAUUAUUCUCAAGGAAUCAGUCCACCGACGAUUGAAUCUUCACUUACACUAUACAGAUAUGUUUUUGUGGGGCUAUGUCAAUCCGAACUCCUUGCAAGACAUGCCGCCUAUUCCAGAGCGUCGAAAUUUAGAGCGGUUAGAAGGAAUGGAGGAACUGCUUAUUCCCAAAGAUGAUGCAAGGGACAGGAGCAUCGGAAAAUUGGUGUCAGGACGGGUAGUAUUCGACUAA